AUGAAGCAACUUCUGCUGCUCCCCGGAGCCGCCCUCGUUGGCGCUGCCGCCGCCAUCGAGCACAUCACUCUGCCCGUGCUCGACAACGCCGUUAAUGCCCUCAACCCUACCGACGCGGGCUAUUCGGCCUGUCGUCUGGCCAGCGCCAAGCUCGACAUAUGCGUGAGCUCAGCCGGUGGUCUCACGGGCGUCAAGACAGCCGAGCCCCUCGCCCUCGCAAGGUGCGCCUGCUGCGACUCUGGGAACCCAGUCGCCGGGGCGUACUCGUCUUGCGCCGCCUACCUGUCCUCCGAAAUCCCGGACCAAACUAGCCAGUACUCUGCAUAUGCGAACCUCGCUUCCCUCUGCCGCGUUGGCAACAACUGCGGUGGCACCUCCGGCGCAGCAACGGUGGCCUCCGUCACCGAUAUCCCGACCUCUGUCUCGUCCGGGGCAACCGGCACCGUUCUCGUCACGAGCUCUGGCGGCCUCGGAAAUGUUGCCCCAGCAUGCAGCUCCAUGUUCGGGCUCUACGAGUCUUGCUCGAAGAACGUUCCCGGUUUCGCAAACGCGCCCUAUGGCGAACAAGCACCUUGCUACUGCUGUGUCACUCUCCGCGGCGAGGCGACGUGGACCGACCAGCUCGACAAGUACGCCCAGACCUGCCGCGACUGGGCCAAGGCCAGCGGCCCCAACAGCAUCUACACUGUUGCCAAAACGUUUGCCGGCUUUUGCCAGAACUUCAGCAAUGCCUGCUUCUCUACCUCGACACUCGCAACCAACGAGGCCACCACAACCGCUACUGACGCGCAGACGACCAGUACAGAUGCUCCUGCCACGAGCAACCCCCAGACCACCCCGACGACUACCACUGCGGCCCCGACGACGACGACCGGUGCUGCGGCAGGCCUGCGGGUCGGCUCGGCUGCCGGCCUGGUUGUCGCCGCCCUCGUCGCGGUUGCCUUAUAA